AUGGAGCAUCAGGAGCAUCAGAUACAGUUUAUGCCUAAAGAUCCAAUGGAGAUAGAUUAUGAAGCAUUACCAGAAGAUGCAUCAUUAGGAGCCCAUUUAGGUGCGGGAGCUUUAGCAGGAAUAAUGGAACAUACAGUAAUGUUUCCAAUUGAUUCUAUUAAAACAAGAAUGCAAAUGAAUUUAUCAAGUAAAGAAAUAUCAAAAGGAUUAUUUCAAUCAAUUUCAAAAAUAAGUUCAACUGAAGGAUUUUAUGCAUUAUGGAAAGGUGUAUCAUCAGUAAUAUUAGGAGCUGGUCCAGCUCAUGCAAUAUAUUUUUCAGUAUUUGAAUCAACAAAAACAUUUUUAUGUAAUAGAUUAACUACAUCUCAUACAAAUAAAAUAGUAACAGAUGAAAAUCAUCCAAUAAUAGCAAGUUGUGCAGGUAUAGCUGCUACAACAGCAUCUGAUGCAUUAAUGACACCUUUUGAUAUGUUAAAACAAAGAAUGCAAGCAAGUGCUGCUUAUCCAGAAAAUAAAUCAACAUCAAUAAGGUUAUUAAAAUUAGCAAGUGAUAUUUAUAAAAAAGAAGGUAUUGGAGCGUUUUAUAUAUCUUAUCCAACAACAUUAUUAACAAAUAUACCGUUUGCUGCUUUAAAUUUCGGAUUUUAUGAAUAUACAUCAUCAAUAUUAAAUCCAAAACAUAUAUAUAAUCCUUAUCUACAUUGUGUAAGUGGUGGAAUAGCUGGAGGUAUAGCGGCAGCUUUAACAACUCCAUUUGAUUGUAUUAAAACCUUAUUACAAACAAAAGGUAUAUCUUCAAAUGAAGCUUUUAGGCAUGUAACAGGUUUUAAAUCUGCUGCUAAAGCUUUAUAUAAACAAGGUGGUUAUAAAGCUUUUUGGAGAGGUUUAAAACCAAGAGUAAUAUUUAAUGUUCCAAGUACUGCUAUAUCUUGGACAGCUUAUGAAAUGUGUAAAGAAAUAUUAAUAAAAACUUAA